GAUAUUGAUAUCGACAACAUAGUAACCGGUAGCGCCAAUUCCAUUCGAAUCGAAACUCGGAACUGCUCAAAUCUCACUGGAAAUCGAGAAUUAGGAAGUGGGCAAUCGUCAAGUUCGUGGCUUUCGCUCGAGAAUUUCGAGAACGGUAAUGGCCUUCUUCAAGUCGUCUUCUUCCGAGCUCUGACAGAGGCUCUCUUUUGUCAAUGCUUCCCCCUGACAUCCAUCACGUGCCUCUGCUCUCACUAGUCACUGCUUGCUACUGUUCCCUCUCUCUCUCCCAAGCAGCAAACGUUGCUUUAAUUUGUUUCAAUUCACGCGCCUUCCCCCUCCCUCCGUGUUACUCUCCCUGCUCUGUGCUGUUCACCACCACUGCCGUUCUCGUUCAUUCAUGCUCUUUCCUCUGCUGAAGUUCACCCUUCAAGCACACUUCGCCCCAACUGCCCUUCUUGCUCCAUAUACCCUCUGGGAGGCUUAGCUCCUCCCUGGAUCUGCUUCCGCAGGGCAAAGGAAAAUGGGUGUCAUUUCCCGAAAAAUAUUCCCAGCAUGUGAGAGCAUGUGCAUAUGCUGCCCUGCUUUGAGGUCGAGAUCCCGUCAACCUGUCAAGCGCUACAAGAAGCUGCUCGCAGAUAUCUUUCCUAAAUCUGCCGAUGGCUCCUCAAGUGACAGGAAAAUUGUUAAGUUAUGUGAAUAUGCUGCGAAAAACCCGUUCAGGAUUCCAAAGAUUGUGAAAUACCUUGAGGAGAGGUGCUACAAAGAGCUUCGAAGUGAGCACGUCAAGUUCAUUAACAUCAUCAUGGAUGUCUACUAUAAGUUGCUCUGCAUCUGCAAAGAGCAGAUGGCAUAUUUUGCUGUUAGUUUGCUGGGUGUGGUUAAGGAGCUUAUCGAUAAUGGCCAGCAAGAUGCUCUGCAGAUUCUUGGUUGCCAAACCUUAACGAAGUUCAUUUACAGUCAGACUGAUACCACUUACACUCACAAUAUUGAGAAAUAUGUACGUAAAGUGUGUACCCUAGCACGUGAGAGCGGUGAAGGAGAUGAAAGACGUUGCCUCAGGGCAUCUACCUUGCAGUGUCUCUCUGCAAUGGUAUGGUUCAUGGCGGAGUACUCCUACAUAUUUGUUGGAUUUGAUGAGAUUGUACAUGUUACUUUGGAUAACUAUGAUCCCGAGAUAUAUGCUGACCAUGACGAUGAUAGAGGGGUGAUGCAUCAUAAUUGGGUGGAUGAAGUUGUGAGAACUGAAGGAAGAGUUGGGGGAGAUGGCAGUCCUAAUUGCUUCGUCACAAGACAACGUCCUGAAAAGAAAGACCCGUCUCUUCUUAUGAGGGAAGAGAUGGAGGCACCAAAAGUAUGGGCUCAUAUUUGUCUUCAGAGAAUGGCCGACCUGGCCAAGGAGAGUACGACGACUAUGCGGCGUGUCUUGGAUCCAAUGUUUGUGUACUUUGAUUCAGGACGUCAUUGGGCCCGUCGACAGGGGUUGGCCUUUGUUGUAUUGUCUGAUAUGACCUUCAUGGUCGAAAAUUCAGUGAGUCAGCAGUCCGUGCUAGCUGCAGUGAUUCGUCAUUUGGACCACAAGAAUGUUUCACAUGAUCCCCGGCUUAAGUCUUCUGUGGUCAAGGUUGCUACUGCUCUAGUGAGGCAGAUUAGACUCAGAACUGUUCUCGCAGAAAUUGGAUUUGUGUCUGACCUGUGCAGACAUUUGAGGAAGAGUCUCCAAGCCACAGUUGAAUCUGUUGGGGACCAGGAACUGAACUUAAAUACUUCACUUCAGAAUACAAUUGAAGAUUGCUUGCUAGAGAUCGCCAAGGGGGUUGGCGAAGCGCAGCCACUACUUGACAUGAUGGCGAUAACUCUUGAGAAACUGCCAUCUGCCGGAAUCGUUGCAAGGGCUACUAUUGGGUCAUCUAUGGUUCUUGCUCAUAUGAUCUCAUUAGUUUCUAUUUCCUCACAGAAGCAGCAGGUAUUCCCAGAGGAACUUCUUGUUCAGAUUCUGCGGGCAAUGUUGCACCCGGACCCAGAGGUUCGAGUUGGGGCCCACCAAAUGUUUUCUAUUCUCCUAAUUCCAAAUUCUGCUCGUCCCAGACAUGAGAUCUCUUAUUUGCGUGCGAAUUGCCUAUAUGAACCAAGAAGAUGGCAAUCGAGCACAGCAUCUGCUCUUGCUUCAGUUACUGUCCGUCUCGAAAAGCUUAGGAAAGAGAAGAAUGGAAUUAUUAUACCAGAGAAGCACCUAGUUAAUAUACAAGAUGAUUUUAAGGGGAUUGACUCUCCUAGUGAUGACAGGAAACAGGGAUGUGUAUGCAAAAAUUCCCCUAACUUCUAUAAAAUUUCCGAGGCGGAGCCAUAUGUUUUGAAGUUCAGCGAGGAUCAAAUAUCUCAGUUGUUGUCUGCUUUUUGGUUACAAGCCAACCUUCAUGAUAAUCUGCCAUCAAAUUACGAAGCUAUCGCCCACUCCUAUGUCCUCACUCUUCUUUCUUCACGCUUGAUGAACCCAAGUAGCAACCUUGUAAUCUGCAUCUUCCAGCUUCCCAUUGCAAUGAAAAAGACUUGCUUGGAUCCCAACACUGGGACAUUACCCGCAUCUCGCUGCAGAUCAAUCUUCACACUUUCUGUCAGCAUGUUGAUGUUUGCAGCCAAGAUAUACCACAUCUUCAGUCUUAUAGAUCAGUUGAAGUCAUUCGAUCCACAAGAUGUUGAUCCAUAUCUGGGUAUCACUGAGGAUUUUCAAGUAUUUGUCAGGCCUCAGGUUGAUUCUCGAGAGUACGGAUCUGUGAUGGACAAUCAGCUGGCGUCAUUAUUACUUGAUCGACUGAGGAAGAAAGUUAAUGAGUCUGAAAAGGUCCUAUUAGAUACCUUAGUUCGGAAUCUGUCUAGUAUUACUGAGCUUGAUGAAGUUGAUGUGAGGAAGCAGCUGUCAGAAUCUUUUACACCCGAUGAUGCAUUCAUGUUCGGUCCGCAGCUGGUCCUUGAUUUGGGACAGAGUCAAAUUAGAUCGCACUCUAAAAACUCAAGUUCCUUUGAUGAGGAAUUCCCAUCAAACUCAUCUGUUGAGGAUGAUGCGGCGAGUGAAGCAUCUGUGGAUCUCUCCCACUUCGUUCCGAGGAUGACUUCCCCAUCCCUCUCUCAUGUCAUCAGCAUCGGGCAGCUUCUUGAAUCUGCACUCGUGGUGGCGGGUCAAGUGGCAGGGACAUCUCUUUCCUCGUCCCCUCUUCCAUACAAUGCCAUGACCAGCCAGUGCGAAGCUCUGGGUGCAGGCCCCCGAAAGAAGCUAUCAAAUUGGUUGGCCCAAGAAAAUCAUAGCACUGGAGAUGCAUGUGUCCCAAUUGAGUCCGCGAACUUGCAGAUGACGAGUGAACCAUUGCCCAUUCAAGGACCCAUGGGGCCACUGGACCGUUCUCUUACAAUGAAGCUACCCCCUGCAAGCCCUUUCGACAACUUCCUCAAAGCAGCUGGCUGUUGAUUGUUAGAGAAUGCUACCUACUUCCCCUGGUCACGUAAUCUAAUCAUGUAAAGGCUUUAGUUAGGUGAUGCCACCGAACCGACUCAGGAAAUGAGUCAUCAGUUUUAGGGUGCUCAAUUCAGCUUCUCUUGAUUUGCUGUACUUAGCAUAGUGGUAGGGACCUUCAUUAGCACUGUUUUGGUACGAGAUUAUAUCCUAGGUUGUCUGUAGUGCUGGUUCUGAUCAUCCCUCUCGUCUUUUCACCGAGAAUCUGCCACUUUAUAUUACCGUCUCAAUGUUCCAUGAUGUAUGUGAUCAUGUGACUAUCGAAUGCGAAUGCUCCUUUGUAAAAGCAUAAUGUUAAUCAUUCAUGUUCUAAGUGCA